GGGGUGGAUAGAUUUCAAGGCUGGUAUAUGGACGAAAUAUGGGGACUUGACAAGGGAUGAGAUCAUGUCAUCUUCGAUGGCACAAACUUGGAAGAUUUCGAGGACAGCAUCAACCUUUGCUCAGAGAAAAGAAGAUGGGGUGAACGGAAGAUGAUGGAGCAGGUAAUGAGGAGGAUAGCACCAAGGGAGUAUGAGGCAGUGAAGAGGAUCAAGGAGGAAUCGGACAGCAGGGGGAGUUUCCUUGUCAAGAUGAGAAAGGCAUAUCCCUUGGAGGUGCAGAGACAAAAGAAGAAACAGUUACUUCAGGAGCUGGGAUUGUGGAUUGGCAAGGGAGGAGAGAAGAUAGAAAGGAGAGCUCGGAAGGAAGAUAGGAGAAAUAUCAGAGUCCCUCAGCUGGGGAAUGAUGAGGACAAAGCUCACAGUGGAAAUGACUCAAUAAAAGAAGACAAGACACAAAUGGAGGGGCAUCAUGGUAAGGAAGAGGAAGGCAAUGGCAAGGCAGGAGAGGUGAAAAAAGGAGACGAGAAGGUGAAGGGAAAGGAGAAAGACAGUGAGAAGAAUGAGGUGGUAGGACCAUCUGGAACUACAGAAGAGCCUAUUUCCAAUGAGUCUCCAAAGGAACGGGGCACAAGGAGAUGGAAAGAGGAAAAGAGGCAGAGAAAAGAGAAAGAAAACAGGGAAUGGAGGAAUUGGGAUGUGGCCUCGUUAAGAGAAAAUGAGUUGCCUACAGACGCACACUGGACCUUAAAGUUGGAAAGGAUGCUACUCUUUGAAACCGUGAUCAGCUCCAAGUUAGCUACUGAUAUGGACAGGUUGAUCCGAUUGAAUGAGCUACUCAGGGACGAUUGUGAAUGGAUUCUUGAGGGGGAGGCAGAAGUAGACGGCAGGUUGAGAAAAGUGGAGGAAGAAAGAAGAAGAGCAUUAGAAGGAGUAGCAAACCAUGUCCCUGAGAUCCUGAAGGAGACUCAGAGGUUGAGAGCAAGAGAAGAAAAAAGGGACAUGCAGUGGGCAAAGGUGGAAAAGGAAAUGGAGGGUUUGAAGGCUGAGGUGAAAAAAGCAAAAAUUGAACAGGGAAAGCUGGAGGUAAAGGUGAAGGCUCUAAGCAUUGCUCUUGACAACAAGAGUAAAGAGGCGGAGACAGAAAAGAUGGAGAAAGAGAAGUUGGAAAAAGAAGUUGGUAAGUUGGAGGCAAAUGCCAGUGAACAAGGAAAGGCAAUUGAAGAAAGCAAGAAGAAGCUGGAAAAUGAGAAGUGGGAGAAGGUGGAAGAGGCCUUGAAACAAUCAAAAUAGGGUAUUCAGGAAAAGGUUGAAGUGGAGGAUGCUGGGAAGACUGAGGACAAAAAGGAAAAUCCAAGGAUGGAAGGAGAUGAAGAAGGACUUAAGGGUAUCCAUCAGAACAAAGGGUUGAUGGUAGGGGUUGUCACCUUGCCUAAAAAAGAUACUGGGGAAACGUCACUCACAGAUAACAGAGUGGGACAGGAGAGGAAGAGGUCUUACCUUGAAACAUUAAUUGGGGCUGCAUCACAAGAUGUCCCAUCAUUUGCAAAGAGAUCAAAGGAAGAGGAUAAGAAGUUAUGUUGGUAUUGUAUGAAGGGAGUUCACAGGAGGGAUGAUUGUCAUGGUUUUAGGACAGAUAGAGAAAAAGAGUUAGUUAGUCUCGAUGAGAACAGCAGACUCAUCGAUAGGAAGGAGAAUCUGAUUAAAAGAACCAAGGAAGGGUUCAGGGUUCAGUUGUAUGAGCAGUUGGGACUCACUUUCGAGGAUUAGAAUAAAACAGUUUUCAUUCC